AGCUCGAGCGCUCACUUGGGUCAGCCGACGUCCACCGGCCACCACGGCGGCAGCUGAAGCUCCCUGCAGCCAUGUCUCUCAACUCCUCUUGGGUCAAAGGCGACGCUCCAUCAUCGGUGGACGUGGACGCCAUCAUGGACCACGUGGUCAUCGUCUUCUACACGCUCACCAUCGUCCUCGGCAUCACCGGGAACUCAGUGGUCAUCUGGAUGACGGGAUUCAAGCUGAAACCGAACGUCACCAACGUCUGGCUGGUCAACCUGGCCGUCGCCGACCUGAUCUUCUGCUUCACGCGCAUCUUCUCCCUGCUCAAAAAGCUUUUCUUCACCUACUGGCCCUUCGGCACGUUCCUCUGCAAGUUCAACGGCUUCUUCAAGUACGCCAACAUGUUCUGCUCCGUGUUCCUGCUGGCGGCCAUCAGUCUGGACCGGGCCGUCUGCGUCUGGCUGCCCGUCUUCGCCAAGCGCCGUCGCACCCUGUGGACGGCCAGGUGCGUGUCGGUCUGCAUCUGGGUGUCCGCCGUCAUCUUCAGCACGCCGUAUUUCAUCUACCGCCAAGUUUACCUGGCCAAGGGCAACCUGAGCAAGUGCUCCUUGGAGGUGAAGGAGUCGGGGGACGGAAGCCAAACCCCCAAACUGGCCCUCUACUCCAUCCGCUUCCUGUGUGGCUUCCUGCUGCCGUUCUUGGUGAUCCUCACCUGCUACAUUCUGGCCGCCGUGGGGAUCAAACGCACGCGUCUGCUCGGGAAGAAACGCUCUUUACGCAUCGUGGCCUCGCUGGUCAUCGCCUUCUUCCUGUGCUGGGGGCCGUAUCACUGCCUCCUGCUGGUCAAGAUGAUUGAUAGCAAGAACAUACUGGUGAAGGUCUGGCAUCCCAUCGCCAAGUGCGUGGCCUACUUCAACAGCUGCGUCAAUCCGCUCUUGUACUUCUGCAUGGGACUCAGUGGCGGCCGGGGGCUGAGGCAGAGUCUGACCAAGGUCUACAGGCGAGCGCUGGCCAACGACGUGGACGCAGACGUGCAGGCUUCCAUGGACGACAGCUCCGCCUCCAAAAACACGUCCUUGACUCCCAGAACGAACGAAGGGAAGGCGCGGAUUUAGCCGCCAUCCGGAUGACGUCAUACCCCCCAGUGCUUUCAGACCGUCAUGUGACCACGCUGCAGAAAAACUGGCACGAGACGAUUACAAACAAGACUCCAAGAAACCAGCUCCAGAGAGUUCUGACCACGCCCAGACACCGGGUUUCCUACUGUUGGGCUGGUGAGGCUUCAUGAAACAGUGUCAUUAUUUUCAGAGCUCAGCUGUUGCCUUAAAAAUGAUGUGAGGUUUCAGUGAAGUUGUUCAAAUCCAAAUAUGUUUUGAGCAGACAGUGCCAUCUAGUGGGCUUUGAAGAUGACGACGCUGUUUCAUGAAGCCUCAUCAGCCGGUCACUACGCUGUUCCCGCUUGCUCACUAGUGAGGACCUUUACAAGCCGCAACAUGGUGACACGCUGAGUACUGACUUUGAUCUGUCUUUCUGGACCGAACCAACGACUGAAACAUAAGGCGCACGAAUAUUAAGGCAUUUUCUAACUAUUUUUCUGCAUCAACACAGUAACUGAGUUCAAAAAAUAUCACCAGUGUGGCCAGAAUAAAAAAAAAAAUAGUUUAAACAAACUUGGCUGUGAGUCAAUAGGACGUUCCUGUGUCUCUUCCUUCAGUCAAAGUUCCAGUGUUCUGUUUUCUCGACCCAUGAACCAAGCGUUUCUGAUUUUCACCUUGUCUGACUGCCGUCCUCAGUAUCCCACCUUCUUUUGAA